CCACGCGACGCGGCUGCUCCUUCACGUGCGGUGUAACAAAUUGCUCUGUUGAACGCAAGAUCGGCCACCUGGACGCAACACACCCCUAAAAGAAAAAGAAGAGUACACCAUUCGAGCGAGCGCUCAUCGCUCGUGUCGGGGGAAAUUCGCCGGGCGAAAGCAAAACGAGAAAAGAAAAACAAUUCAUCGGUCAACUCAAUUUGUCUGGGAAACAAUUCGUCAGCCGUUGUCUCGUUCCGUGUCGAGUCACAUCGCAUCGUGCUCGUCGUCGUCGUCGUCGUCGUAGUGCGCUUGCACUAGCCGAUACUGUCGGAGAGGGAAAAAAGAAGCGGAUAGCAAUCUAGGGUACACACGAAAAUGCACACGCCAUGUCCGAAACAAACUCUAGGGACGCGAUGCAUCAUUCCAUGAAUCUGCCCGCCAAAUUAAGCGCGGAGAAUUCCGGCUCGGUAUCAGCUCUCCCGAAAAUAGUUUAAUCCAGUGCAGUGCGAAUCGCCGCGCGGAACCACGACGACAGUCAUUUUACCGCCGAUUUUACGCCGACUGAAUGACUCGCGGCUUGGAUUGUUAGGGAGUCCUGCCUGUGAAAAGGCUGUCCUUUGAUCCCGCGACACUCGGAAUGUCGACAAGAUAGUAAUAGACUAGAAACACACGCCUACGCGGCUAUUCGUUUAAUGAUGAUGCACCGCCGCAUGGAAGACUCGUCGAUCGCGGCGUUUUAACCGAACAUCCUGGUGGCCGAGUGUGCUCCGAAAACAUUCAAUUACAACGCCGUUAGUUGAUGAGUGUAGGAAUAAUCUCAAAGUACUCGCCUCUGCGGGAGUAAUCGGAGAGGGUGAUCUUCAAGGAUUAAAGGGUGAAAGCGCGCGAGUGAAUGCUCAAUUAGAUUGGACAUGUCGCGCGAACGUAUAAAUUGGACGUGCCGAUAGAGAAGCUUAAUUGAGAAGAAGGUGUCGAGAUAAAUGGCAACCUCGGAGUACAGUUCACUGAGUGUUAACGCGUGCCAAAACGGCUGAAUAAUAAGGAGUUAGCCCCCUGAUCUGAUAUUUUCCGCGGGAUCAAAGGGUGAACGCUCGAUUCGAUACCACGUGCGUUCGCACAAAUUGUUGCGCGAUACAUUAAUUGAUCACGGCGAUAAAGCGACUUCGGCGACACACUUUUCUCCCCGGAGAGCCGUCGGGAUAAGUGACACCGCGGGUGAGAGCGAAAUUCGACCAAAGCGACCGAAUAAUAACGAGGGAUCACACGGAAAUUAGGAAAGGAACGCCGGGAUCGAUUUCUGGUGAAACCGAGAAAUGUGGCGUGGCGAGGAAUGCUGCACAACUCGACGAUGAGAAGGAACCGGAAGAACGUCCCGCGUCGUCAGAGAAUCGACGACUGAUUAUGACGCGCGUCCGCACGCGGCGGCAUCUCUCUCGUCUCCUUCUGUUGUUCUCUUCCUCCGGAGUCCUUCAAACACGCCAUUGCUUGACCCUUCUUCUUCUCGGCCUUACCUCUCUGCGCACAGUCUUACCAUGCGACGAGAAGACGAGGCCCCAGAGCCGUGACCCGAGCGCACUUCCUCGCUAUAUUGAGGUGAGAAGAUAUUCGCGGAGGGACUUCGACGCUCUCGAGGCGACCCCGGAAUGGACGCGAGCCGAAGCUUCCGAUAUGACUGGCCAAAGUGCUAACGACGUGGCCCGUGGUUAUCGUCGAGUCAGCGAUUCAUUAAAGGACGAACGAAGCCACGAUGGGCUCGGUCAAGUGACAGGACGAACUCACAUCAGCGAUGGUAGCUUUGUGAGCAACGCUGGCGAUCGAGCGCGCCAUUUGGGAACCGCGAUUAAUUACUCGGAACUCGAUGGUCUCUCGGACGAUCCCGUGGAAAAUCGACGAGUUGUUGACGCGAUCAAUCUGAAGAAUAUGAGGCAAAGCGAGGCGAGUGCGAGGAAUUGGCUCGGCCAUUUGGUGAGGAAGCGUGGUGACGCGUCGGUGUUACAAACCACUCUUUAUCACUCGGAGAAACAGGCUGUGAGCGAAAUCCAAUUCCAGGACAAUCGAGACUACGAUAAUGAAACAAGUUUGGCUAUUCCAAACGGACCAGCCGGCCGAAGUGUAGGCGAUUCAGCCAGCUUCGCCGUGCAUGAGCACGAUGCGGAGGUUGCAUUAAUCAAAGCUCCGCUUGAUUAUUCGAAUCAGUCACGUUUGCGCGAAUCUUCGAGUAUCAGUCAGCCUCAGGGGCUGAUGGGGAGCGGACGAGAUCGCGAUGAAACCGGUAUCGGUCCCGACGUAGCGCCAGGGCGAGCUGAUCCAGACGCCCGCGAUGCGUUCGAAACGCUCGUUAAUCGUGCGAAUGAACGCGCGAGCAAUUAUUUAGCCUAUCGAAGUUUGCGUGGAAACGAGGCCUCAAGUGAUAUGAGCGGGCGCGAUAUUGACGUAGUAGCGGCGAGGCAUCGCGACGAUUCACCGGGGAAUCGGAGCGACGGCAAGACUGUCGGUUUCGAGGCCACGAAGCAAACUCAUUUAGACGCUCGUAAUAUCUAUCCACUUGAUAAUCAAAACGGCAAUACACGCGACAGCACGGCCGAUUACCUCGGCGAGAGCAAUAACUUCGACGUGGCUAAUGAGUCUGCGAACUCGCUGAACGGUCCGUACGUCGAUAUCACCUCGGUUGACACACUUCUCGGCGAUGACUUCGACGAUGACGGCACUACCCCGAUGGAGGGCCGCGUCGAGCUAGACGAGAACUCGCCGGUUGAGAAUGGCAGCUCGGGAUACGCCGAUGAUUUCUCGGAUAUUCUCGGCGAAACGGGAACCCGCACCGUUGUUGCUUGUGACAAGAGCAUGUGCCGCGAAUCGGAUGAUAACGAUAUUCGGGUAGUUAGAGCGAAAAAGUUCGGCAGAGCAGAGGAGUCGAGCGGCGAGCGGGGGAAUUUCGUUCAAGUAAACGACGUAUCCACGAUACCUGCCAACUACAGCGAUACCGAUAUCGACAGCGAAGCGCCUUUCACAGGCUUCGAGGGUUCUCAGAAAUUUCCCGUAAAAGUCAAUCAGAAGACGUCGGCGACGGCGGCGCAAGUCGAAAAGUUCGACAGGCGACACUUCGGCCCGCAUAAGGAGGACGUGCUCGAGGAAACAUCUACGUGGUACGCGAGCACCGUGGCCCCCGACCUGCCGAAGAGCUCUUCCAGAGAUGUGCUUCAUCGUCAACGCAAGACGAGCCUUGCUUACGAUGACGUCACGGAGACAAGCGAGGGAGACAACUCGGGCGACGAGACGAUCGAACCUAGCGAGAAGCGGAAUGACACCCACGAGGGAUCCUCCUGGCUACCCGGCACGUCGUCGGGCAGACGUUUGCCGAGUUUGCCAGCUGCCAAGUCCAGCCCCGACGAAAAACUCGCGACAACCACGGGCAUGGCGGACGGUGACUUGGAGGGCGCGACGCGCGGCGGGAGGAUGGAUAUUGGUGUAACAGUGUCGAGUGCGAAGUCGAUCGACAAGAUAAAUAUAACCAUCUUGGGUCUCUUCGAGAUGACGCACGGGUCGAUGCCGAGGCCGGAAGGAUCCAGCGAGCUCCAGGCGGCCAAAUUGGCGGUCGAUCGUGUCAACCAGUUGGACGUCUCCAAGUAUUUCCGGUUGCGGCUCAUUUACAAUGACACUAAGUGCGAUUCCGGAGUGGCUGUCGACAGAUUCUUUCAUGCAUUGUACUCGACGAGGAAGAAACCCCUCAUGCCGUUUCUACUCGGCACUGCCUGUUCCGAAGUUACUGAGACACUGGCCAAAAUUGUGCCCUAUUGGAACGUCAUUCAAGUAUCGUUUGGGUCGACGGCACCAGCCCUCUCGGAUUCCAACGAGUUCCCACUGUUUCUGCGUACCGUCGCCCCGGACUCAAGUCACAAUCCCGCCAGGAUAGCGUUGAUCAAACACUUUGGAUGGGACACCGUUACGGCGCUUUCGCAAACAGGCGACAUGUAUUCCUUGGCAGUGAACGAUUUGGUCACGGAACUGGAGCAAGCGAAUAUCACGUGCUCCGCCACCAUCACGUUCGCCGAGAACGAUUACAAGGAGCAGCUGCGAACUUUGAAGGAACUGGACACCAGAAUCAUCAUUGGUAGUUUCUCGACGCAACUGGCGCAACGUGUUUUCUGCGAGGCUUGGAAGCUCGGGAUGCACGGCGGUGAUUAUGCGUGGAUCUUGCCAAGCGACACAAUCGACUUGUCGGAGGUGACGGGCGAUCGGUGGCACGCUGGCGUGGGAGAGUGCUCGCCAUCUCAGCUGUCGCAAACUCUGGACGGUUUAAUCAUCGUGAAGAGCCACGCCACGAUUGUGGGAGACGAGAUCAGCGCGUCGGGAUUGACGAGCGCGAAAUUCAUCUCGGAGCUGGCUAAUAGAGGCGUCACGUACUCGAAAUUCGCGGGGCAAACGUACGACGCCGUGUGGGCCAUGGCGCUCGCCCUCGCCAGGACUGAAGUCCUUCUGAAUCGACAGAACGAGAGUAUGGCGCGGUACACGCACACGAGAAAGGACCUCACCUACCGUUUGCUGGAGCAGCUUAAGCUGCUGCACUUUAUCGGAGUUUCGGGGCCGGUUUCCUUCGAUGACGCGGACCGCGUUGGUGUCACAGCAUUUUAUCAGAUGCACGGACACAAUAUUAGAAGAAUAGCUAUCUACACUCCCGAAGACGGGAAACUGAUAAUGAACUGUCCAGGAUGUGCGCCUACAAGAUGGCCCGGAGGGGGGCAAGUGCCAGCGGCUCGCAGGGUCUGUCGAUUACGAAUGGUGACGAUAGCUCCCGCUGCAUUUCUCACCGUCACCUGCAUCGCCAGCGUCGGCGUUACCUUAGCUCUCGCUUUCUUGGCCUUUAAUCUCCACUUCCGCAAGCACAAAAGCAUAAAACUUUCAAGCCCGAGGCUGAAUAACAUGGCUGCUGUUGGUUGCGGCCUGGUCUACGGUGCUGUAAUACUUUUGGGACUGGACGACGCCACGCUACCCGACAGCGAUGGUUAUUAUCCUGCAGUGUGCACUGCGAGAGUGUACUUAUUGUCGGCCGGAUUCUCCUUGGCUUUCGGCUCAAUGUUCACAAAGACGUAUCGAGUGCACAGGAUCUUCACGAGGAGCCGAAGCGGCGUCGUCAAGAACAAGCUGCUCCAGGACACCCAGCUGAUAAGCUUGAUCUGCGUGCUUCUACUGAUCGACUGUCUCGUGGUGACGCUGUGGGUGACUCUGGAUCCGAUGCAGCGUCACCUGCGAAACCUGACGCUGGAGAUCAGCCCGCAGGAUCGAGGAGUCGUCUACCAGCCGCAGGUGGAGGUGUGCCGUUCGCAGCACACGAACGGCUGGCUGCUCGCUCUCUACGUUUACAAAGGUUUACUGCUGGUAGUCGGGCUCUACAUGGCUUGGGAAACGAGGCACGUCAAGAUUCCAGCUCUCAACGACUCGCAAUACAUCGGCAUGAGCGUGUACCUCGUAGUGAUCACGUCGGGUAUCGUCGUUGUAUUAGCCAAUCUGAUGCCCGACCGCGCGACCUUAGCCUUCGUCACGAUCACUGCUCUGAUCCUGUCCUCUACGACGGUGACCUUGGCGUUACUCUUCCUGCCACAAUUGGCGAAUAUCCUCGCGGGCGAGAGGGCCGAUCCCGUCGUGCAGAGUCUCGGCCUCAAGAUCGAGUGUAAUACCCGCAGAUUCGUCACCGACGACAGGAGAGAAUUACAGUAUCGCGUCGAGGUGCAAAACCGAGUUUAUCGUCGUGAGAUGGCACAGCUGGAACUGGAAUUGGCCAGAUUGGAGAAGCAACUGGCGCAGGAGACGGUGGAGCCGUCACACGGUUCAUCAAGCGCCUCGAUCCCACAACGAAAUCCCAGCAUUGGCGGUGGUCUACCCCUGUUAUUGCUUAGUGUUCUGCCACCGGUUAUUCCCCGUGCUAGUUGGCCAUCCGCGGAUUCGUCUGGCAUUCGUCGCGGUACCGUAGCAUUUAGCAGUCAGCCGGAUCUGGAACCGGACGAUCCCAGGCAGAGCCUGGCGGACCUUUACAAGCUGCACCGUCGCAGAGAAACCGAAGGACCGAAUCGCUUGGGCGUUUUUCAACGUCUCUUCAGUCUCUUCGGCAGCAGACCGAGUAGCAGAAAAACCUCCACCGCAUCGUUCACCGGGGUCGCAUCGGCGCUUCGAGUCCAUAUGGGUUACAUCGCCGGUUUAGUGCCUGGCACGAAGGCCGCCUCUACUUGCCAGGUGGAUGCCCAAGACACCCACUCACCUCAUGCACGAUGCGGUUCAGGACCAAUAAUUAGUAUUACAAGCGAGGAAGAUCGUAGAUUGAGCCUAGGGCUACGUCGUAAGGAAAGUAGCGAGCCUCGAGUAAAUUUCAGUCUACCGCCACAGAUGAGCACAAGUCAGUCAUCCUCUCGAGAGAAGAUACGCGGAUCGCCUCGGUUUCCUCAUCGAAUAAUCCCGGCGAACAGUUUGAGUGCUAUCGCGCAGAGUGCGUUGAUUACAAGACCGCAUCGUUGGCAUUCGAUGGAAGAUGCGACGAAACCGAAAACCACUCAAAUACCAUCUCGCAGCUCUUGCAGUCCCAAUUUUGACGUGUGGGCCACGAGUAGGGUUGGGGUACCUCUCAGCGAAUUCGCCAAUACCGCCCGCAGUAGAAAGCCGCCGGAUUCCUUAGCCCUGACCAUCACCAUGGACUCGAAGAUGAGUCCAGUCGAUACGAGACUAGGCAGCGACUUGAGAAAGCUGUUCAGGGAAAACGACAGCCAGGAAUUGGUCAGUCCCGCCGAAUGCGAGUCGAAAACUGCCCGGUCGAGUUCAUCGUCCUCCUUGUCACAGAAGGCAAUCGGCGUCGCGAGCAAUUCUAUGUCCUCAAAGAACGAUACUACAUCGGAGGCUCGACAUGACGCCGGCUCAAACUUUUGUCAAGAAUCGAAGCCUCGUCCAUCGAGCCCGAUGGUGUCAGUGAUCGAUGUAGAUAACCCAGGGGAGGAGUCGAACUCUGAUGCCGAUAAUCACGUCGGUGCUUCCUACGUGGAGAGGAGGCCGACCGCUGUGUAGUGUGAUACACCGUGUGCACGUGUUUAAAUAUGAACCUUUGAACUAUCUUUGAACUUGUCUAAAUGAUGAAGCUGUCGGUUAAGAGAGACGAUGUUGAGAGAAUAACUUCCAACAGCAUUGAUUUUAUCGCGUUCCUCGCGCAGCAUCGAUUAACGACGUCGGGAGGAGGAAAAUGGGAUAACGAUUCUAUUAAAAGUUUGUAAUUAUUGUAGCCGCUUAGACAAUCCAUGGGUCAAAUUAUAAGACACGUCUAUUUAGAUGUUUCGUGUGAUAGACAGAGGAAGAUUAUCAUGUCAGUGUAACGAAGAACUUAGGAAUACAUUAUCGACUUGCGACACGUCUUCGCAACAAUCCAUGUAUAAUACAUGAAAAUUUACGAUAACACGUUAAAGUAUAACGUCUGUAUUAAGUAGCUUUGAAUUAAUAUUUUAAGGAGCCGGUUAUAGAACUUCAGAUAGAGUCAAUUCGUAAUCCGGGUUUAAACCCAACGAACUAAUGAUAAUGUUGCUAUUAAGGCUCCUGGUUCCACUGCUGCGGAUUGAUGACGUCAGAAGCGAGAAAACGUACGUCAAAAAUUCCUGCGUGCUAUUUCCAAAUAAAAACAUAUUUGCACUUCAGAUCGCUUGAACAUACCUGUAAAAUGAUCCGAAAGAUAUCUUUGUCCCGUGGAAAUCAAUAAAUAAUCCUAAAAUUAACUUGCAGUCCCUUCUUCAUUAGCCUAUCUUUCCUGAUGCUUUUGCCACGUUAAUUUUAAGACUACCUAUUGAUUUUCAAGGGUCAAGUUUACGGAGCAUUUUACAAGUAUGCUCAAGCGAUUUGGUGUUUUUACAUGCAAAUAUGUUCUUGUUUGAAAACUGCACAAAAGAACUUUUGGCAUGCGUUUUGUUGCUUCUGACGUCAUCAAUCCAAAGUAUCACAACAGUGAGAUCAGAAGCCUUAAGAAUUGCCGUCAUAAUUAGUUAUUCAUUAAACAAUGUAACUGAGGGUAGCGAGUCGAAAGCUGUGUGCAGUGGAACGCUAUAAAAUCGGUACUGUCAAUGCCUCUGAGGAGGAACAUAUGGAUAUAGAUCAUCAAAAGAAAGAGACAAUAUAGACAACCGGCUUAACGCGUUAACUUUAUUCGCGCCCAAUUUGACAAAUUAAUAGAGUGUGAUUGUGCGAGAACUCCAUGAAGUUGCGUUGCGUGUGAAUAUAGAUUUCUCGUUCCCAAUGCCCAAAUGCGAGGAUCACGGACCAAUCGCAAUAUAAUCUCAAUCAUGUGUGUUCGUUAGUAACUGUGCCAAAAGAAAAGCAAAUUAGGACUCGUAAGGGUGUACAACGUUUGUCUUGGCGGAUCGUAAAUGGGACCAACGCUCACGAUAUCCUUCCUUUCGAGUGUUUUCGUUUCUGGCGAAGUAAUUUCAAUCAUUUCGAUCCGACGUGAGUCGUCAUAAGAAAGAUAAUGAGUGUCGCGCUAAUAAUGACAAGGAGAAAUAAGAAAAACGAAAGUACAGAAAACGCCGACGUCCUACAAAAUGUUUAACUCACGAUUAAUUGCACUCAUUAAUUAUCCGAAUAUUUAGGAUACUUCCGCAAAACCGAGAGAUAACUCUCAAAGCGUUUCAGAAGACAAACCAUGAAUAUCCUUACGGGGCCACAAUCAAAGUGUUCAGUGCCCCAAACCUUUUCUCUAAUAUGCGUUUCAUGUGAAAUGAAAAUAUAUCAGUUCGAAGUAAAACGACUUAACGUAAAAACGCCAUGUUUUGUUUGUAAAAUGUGAUGUUGAUUGAGACAUACCGAUAUUUUCAUGCCACCGAGCACUAACGUAUAUAUAUCGUAAUAUAUAUAAAUAUAUAUUACGUAAUAAUAAUAAAUAUAACGUAAUAUAUAUAAAUAUGUAGAUAAAAUAAAUAUGGCAAGGACAUAUCCAUGCGAAAGGAUUUCCUUCCGAAAUCUUGCUAUCCGAUUAAUUUCGUUAUUCGGAUAUCUCGAUGUGUCAAUCAUUAAAACUUUAUCAACUAAGGAAUAAUAAGCAUUGUCUGUGCAAAUGAGAAUGAUA